GGCAGACUGAGCGCCGUGGAGGCUGAGGAAAUCUGCAUGAACCAGGAGGUCAAGAUGCAGGUGGCAGCCUUCAAAGAGAAACGGGGGUCCUCGGCCAGUAAAGAAGGUGCAAGUGACCCCAACUAUGAAAAUAUCACCUUGACCUUCAGAAACCGGGACCAGCCAAAGGGUAGUCGUUCACCACCCAAGACUCAGGUCCCAGCCUGGUCCAGGCCACCCUCGGAGUCUGCCCAGGUCCCCCAUUGGUUACACAGAGCCAUGAUGAGCCUGUACAUUCUCCUCGCCCUGGUCUGCAUCACUCUCUUGGCCUUGACCCUGGUGAAGAAUUCCGAGAUGUCCCAGAAGCUGCUGGACUUGAAAACAGAGCUCCAGAACGUCUCCAUCUUGGUGCAACAGUGCCAAGAGGAGCAGAAGCUGGGCUGCACAGAAGUCCUGAAGCACGUCAAGGAGACCAAGGGGCACGUUGACCAGAUGAAGAGCAGCGUCCAGAAGUGGAAUGAGAUACUGCAGAAGCUGUCAGCAGACAUGAAAAACAUCCAGCAUGCAGUACAGAAAAUCUCUAAUGAGCUGAAGCCGCCAAAGCAACAGCCCACACCUAGUGAAUAAGACAUCAAAACCCUGGCUGCAGCACGGAGGACGGGGUGGCACCUCCCAGUGAAGAUGGAAAAUGGGGG